CGGCAGCCACGGAGCGGCGCAGUGUGUGUGUGUGUGUGUGUGUGUGUGUGUGUCUGUGGGGCGGCUCCAGUUUCAAACACAGCGCCCAUCUUUAACACAACACAACCGGACAAGCUCCGUCCCGUAGCGAGAUACCGCCGUUCAUGCAGGUAAUGAAGAAAGACAACAGAGAGAAGGACACACAAGAUGAUCGAAACAAUGGAUACCCAGCGUUGUCUGCAGGCCGUGGAGAGGUUACAGUCUCGCUUGAAAGAAAAGGGAGCAGAUGUUCCUGCUGAGGAGAAGCUGAAUCUUCUGAAGGCGGUCCUGCAGAGUCCUCUGUUUCACCAGAUCCUCGCGCUGCAGAAAUCAGUGCAGCAUCUGAAGGAGCAUACUCCAUAUAUUAACCCUGAUCUGAAGGGCAGCGAUGAGGGAUUCUCAGCUCAGCUCAAUGGACAACCUUCACCUGAAGAGUACAAACACAUCAUCCGCUCCAUGGCUCAGGGUCGGUACGUGACUCAAAUCGAGCUGCUGAAGCCGGUAUCAGGCGGUUUGGGCUUCAGUGUUGUUGGCUUGUGUAGUGAGAACCGUGGAGAACUCGGCAUCUUCAUUCAGGAGAUACAGGCUGGAAGUGUGGCAUACAGUGAUGGAAAGCUAAAGGAGGGAGAUCAGAUACUGGCGAUCAAUGGUCAGCUGUUGGAUCAAAGCGUCAGUCACCAGCAGGCCAUCGUUCUCCUGCAGCGAGCGUCGGACUGCGUGAGCCUCACUGUCGCCCGUGGGCCUGUCCCGCAGCUCUCCAGCCCCGUGGUGUCCAGGACUCCCAGUGCUGCCAGCACACUUUCAGCUCACUCCAGUGCGACCCACUGGACUCAUGUGGAGACGAUCGAGCUGGUGAACGAUGGAACCGGUUUGGGCUUCGGGAUUGUUGGUGGUAAAACCACAGGCGUUAUCGUCAAAACCAUUCUGCCUGGAGGCAUCGCUGACCAGGAUGGUCGCUUGCGAAGUGGGGAUCACGUCCUGCGGAUCGGUGAUACGGACCUAUUUGGUCUGAGCAGUGAGCAGGUUGCUCAAGUUUUGAAACAAUGUGGAAACAGAGUCCGACUCCUCAUCAGCCGCGGGACGGCGGAUGAUGCUACGCCCGCUCCUGUCACCCUGCCGACCGUCACUGAGCAACAGGGUCUUGAGGAAGAGGAGCAGGAACAGGAUGCUUUCGAUGUGAGCUUGAUGAAGAACGCUCAGGGUUUAGGCAUCACCAUCGCGGGGUAUGUGGGGGACAAAACUUCAGAGCCCUCUGGGAUAUUUGUGAAGAGCAUUUCGAGGGACAGCGCAGUGGAGCAAGACGGCCGAAUUCAUGUUGGAGAUCAGAUCAUAGCUGUAGACAGUGUGAACAUCCAGGGUUACACUAACCAGCAGGCCGUGGAGGUCCUGAGACACACGGGUCAGACUGUAAACCUGAAGCUCAUCCGACGCGGCUUUAAAUUGGAGGACGCAUGUCCGUCAAUCAUACCUGUCACCAUGGAGACCACACCCACCCUCAGCGCAUCAAGCAACUCAACAAUGGAGCGAACGAAGCUCCGGGUGUAUGAGAGAGUGUUCCUCACUCCAGAGGAGUCUGUCACCGCUUCGCCCAUCAGAGCUCCAGAAAGACCCAACGGUCCUGUGAAGCUGAGCUCUGAGGAGGAACACCAGCUAAUGCAGAAGUGGCAGAAUGAACUCUGCGUCUGCAGCGAAGUCAUUGUGGCUCAAGUGGAGAAGUUCAGUGAGAACAGCGGUUUAGGGAUCAGUCUGGAUUUGUGUGCCGGUCAUCACAUCCUCUGCUCAGUGCUUCCUGAGGGACCUGUUGGGCGAUCAGGAAAAAUCUGUAGUGGAGACGAACUACUAGAGGUGAACGGCAUUCCCCUCAGAGGUGAGACUCAUAAAGAGGUUGUUGACAUUCUGAAAGAACUUCCUGUUUCUGUGACCAUGGUCUGCUGUAGACCCGCCCCUCUAAUGACUGACACCCAAACUGACCGACCACAGCCAGAGGAUGUGGCCAUUGAUUCCAUAGUUCAGGUGCCAGGUGAGUUUGAGGAUUUCCUGGUCUAUGGCGAAUCAGAGGACAGCCUGAAAGAUCAUGUGACUGAAGAGCCCACCGGAGCGCCGUUAGCGAUGUGGGAAACAGAGAUACAGGACAUUGAACUAGAGAAAGGAGAGAGCGGACUGGGCUUCAGCAUUCUGGAUUAUCAGGACCCAAUGGACCCGCUCAAGACAGUAAUAGUGAUUCGGUCGUUAGUUCCCGAUGGUGUAGCAGAGCAAGACGGACGCUUGUUGCCAGGAGACCGUCUCAUGUAUGUCAACAACAUCAACCUGGAGAGCGCCAGUUUGGAGGAAGCAGUGCAGGCUUUGAAGGGAGCGAACAUGGGCACCGUCCGGAUCGGAGUGGCCAAACCCCUGCCCACUGAGGAUGAGGAUGGCUCUUCCUCCUUCAUCUUCUCGGCUCUGCUGCUGACGGAGGGCUGUGAUGAGGAUGAAGUUGUGUUCCGCGCUGAGCCUGCAGUGAUCGACUCCAGUGAUUUGGACCUGUCUGAUGAAAAGGCAUUUGAGCGUAAUUUUCUGGAGGAGGAGGAGGACAUGCUGCAGUCGAUGAUCGCUGAACAUGGCAGUAUCUGCAGCAUUGAUCUGACUUAUCAGAUGAGUGAACCCGCCUCCACACAGAAGGAGGAGGAUUUGCUUCCAGAUAAACCCGCGGACGAGCCCCAGCGGCUAAACGCCGCCGCGGCAGGGAGCAGCUUCGAGAGGACCAUCACUGUGGUCAAGGGCACCUCCAGUCUAGGCAUGACGGUGUGUGCGCUGAAGGACGGGCCCGGGAUGCUGAUCCGCAGCAUCAUUCACGGCGGCUCCAUCAGCAGAGACGGCCGGCUCGGGGUCGGGGACCUGAUUCUGGCCAUCAAUGGAGAACCGACGGGAAACCUGACCAACGCUCAGGCACGAGCAAUGCUGCGCAGACACUCUCUGAUCGGACCAGACCUGGGAUCCGCUGGUGCUGCGGGGGAAGAGCUGAGCCCCGUCUCUGUAAUCACGUAUGUUCCUGCAGAAUAUUUAGAGGAAUACAGGGCGAGCCAGCAGCUCCAGAGUGAUGAUCUCUCUGAUGGCAAAAACAACUCUCAAGAUCAGACAGUCUCAGAUCUUCCAGAGAGAGAAGAUGGAGAAGGACAGGAGAGUGAACGACAGACCGCAGCUUCCAACAGCUGGAAUCUACCACGGAGAGUGGAGUUGCUCAGGGAAGCUGGGAAAUCUCUGGGCAUCAGCAUCGUUGGGGGGCGGGGCAUGGGCAGUCGCCUUAGCAACGGGGAGGUGAUGCGGGGCAUCUUUAUUAAACACAUCCUGGAGGACAGUCCAGCGGGACGCAACGGCACACUAAAGACAGGAGACAGGAUUUUAGAGGUGGGUGGAGUGGAUCUGCGUGAUGCCAGUCAUGAGCAGGCGGCGGAGGCCAUCCGUAACGCUGUGAACCCCGUGGUGUUUCUGGUGCAGAGCAUCGUUCACAGAGACAGAGUCAUCUGACUCUCUGUGUAUAGUUUUGAUUCACCUCCUGUCAUAGAGAAAUACGGGAAAUACGUCCCUGUGCCAAAGUGUACAUCUGCGCUGGAUGCAGUAGAGGACAUCUCAGCCUUCGAUCUGAAGAGCAGCGGUGAGAAGCUGAAUCGAGAGGAGGGGAAAAGCUUCCUGUGUCUGCCUGUCGUUCCACAUGUCGGGGAAACCGACUCGGACACACUGACUGAGAUUCCCGACAGACUCACUCUGCAUAGCGACGGUCCUGAUGAGGAAGAGGAGGAUGAGUACGGAUACAGCUGGAAGAAGGUAACGGAGCGGUACGGUCGUUUACCCGGUGAGCUGCACAUGAUCGAGUUGGAGAAGGGUCAAACAGGUUUGGGUUUGAGUCUGGCAGGGAACCGCGAUCGUUCACGCAUGAGUGUGUUUGUGGUGGGAAUCGAUCCCAACGGCGCCGCCGGCCGAGACGGACACAUCGUGGUGGGAGAUGAACUGUUAGAGAUAAACGGUCAGGUUCUGUACGGCCGCAGUCAUCAGAACGCCUCUGCCAUCAUUAAAAGCGCCCCUUCGAGGGUCAAGAUCAUCUUCAUCCGGAACAGAGAUGCUGUGAGUCAGAUGGCUGUCGGGCCGAUGAAGGAGACGGACUCACCGGACGCACACACAGAGACAGAGACGCCCAGCUCAACACUAGACGUUAUCCAGCACGUAACUCUUCCUGCGGAGGAUGACAGCAGGAGCAGAUGCAUCUUUCAGAGUCUGGAGGAGAACGGAGCGGCUGGAAGGGUGACGUCACUCCUUCAGAAACCCCAGCAAUCUGUGAAACUCACCAUCUGCACUGACUCCGCCUCCCAACCCUCCUCAUCCAAUCAGGUUUACUCAGGAUCAGACGCUGGAAGCAACCUGCCGCUGGUUUCUCUGACAUCAUCAGAGACAGAGCCAAUCAGGAAUUCGAGCAGAUGUUCCACACCGGCGACACUGGUGUCUGAUCCGGCGACGUGUCCCAUCAUCCCCGGCUGUGAGACCACUAUAGAGAUCUGCAAGGGCAGAACAGGACUGGGGCUGAGCAUCGUGGGCGGCUGUGACACGCUUCUGGGCACUAUAAUAAUUCACGAGGUGUACGAGGAGGGAGCUGCGUCUAAAGACGGCCGACUGUGGGCAGGAGAUCAGAUUCUGGAGGUGAACGGUGUAGAUCUGCGCGUGGCGACGCACGACGAGGCCAUCAAUGUCCUGCGGCAGACUCCGCAGUGUGUUCGUCUGACGGUCUUCAGAGACGAGGGUCAGUAUAAAGAGGAGGAGCUGUGGGACUCCCUGAGCGUCGAGCUUCAGAAGAAACCAGGCCACGGCCUCGGACUCAGCAUCAUCGGGAGAAGGAGCGACACAGGAGUGUUUGUGUCGGACAUUGUGAAGGGUGGAGCGGUGGAGACGGAUGGACGGCUGAUGCAGGGAGAUCAGAUCCUCUCGGUUAACGGCGAGGACGUUCGCUCAGCCACACAAGAGUAUGUGGCUGCGCUGCUCAAGAGUUGUGCUGGUCCAAUCCGAUUGGACGUGGGUCGUUUUAAGGCGGGGCCGUUCCACUCCGAGCGCCGUCUGUCCCAGAGCAGUCAGAUCAGUGAGACGGGCAGCGGUGUAGUCACUCCUCACUCCAGCUCUGCAGCUUUACAGGGAGACGUGGAGAAAACACACGAGUUGCUGAAUAAAGACGUCAGGACGGUUGAAUUCACAAAGGGCCCGUCAGACUCUCUGGGCAUCAGUAUAGCUGGAGGGGUCGGCAGUCCUCUGGGUGAUGUGCCCAUAUUCAUUGCCAUGAUGAACCCCAGCGGCCUGGCAGCUCAGACGCAGAAACUCUGGGUUGGAGACAGGAUUGUGUCCAUCUGUGGAAACUCGACUGAGGGAAUGACUCACAAUAAAGCUGUUUCACUGCUGAAGAACACGACAGGAAUCAUACAACUACAGGUUGUUGCGGGCGAUACAACAGUGACUGGACCGUCAGCAGAGCAGACAGCAGGACUCACAGCCAGCAGUAUUUUCCAUGAUGACCUGGGUCCUCCGCAGUGUAAGAGCAUCAGUUUGGAGCGAGGGCCUGAUGGUCUGGGCUUCAGUAUCGUGGGUGGAUUCGGCAGUCCUCACGGUGACCUUCCCAUCUACGUCAAAACCGUCUUCAGCAAGGGGGCCGCGGCAGAGGACGGGCGUCUGAAGCGCGGAGAUCAAAUCAUCGCCGUUAACAGCCAGAGUCUGGAGGGAGUCACUCAUGAGGAGGCCGUCUGUAUUCUGAAGAAAACCAAAGGAGCCGUCACACUCACUGUGCUGUCAUGAACACACACACACACACACACACAGGUCCUGUAGUUGUUUAGACACUGGAUGACACACUGUGAAUGAUAGAGCUGUUUACUGCUAGUUUGUGCAGAAACCAGCACGCUACUACAAUCUGCCGUACUUCACUGAGACUGGAGAAACAGCUCUACUGCGAGCCACACACGUGCAUUUGUGCUUUAAAAUGGCUACAUCUGGUUAUGACAUAUUUUUCUAUUAUUUGAUAAUUAGAAAAUGAUCAAAUAUCUCUUUCCUGUUGCAUUAAAAAACAAAGUUAUUGCAACUUGACCCCAAUGGUUUCCAUGCAAUUUGCCAAAAAUCAACACUGAAAAUGAAUGUCAAGACAGAAAAUCUCUAUUUUAGCUUUUUUAGAAACUAAUGUAAUAAUUCUCAUCUAUUUCUAGUGUUUUAGGGGUCAAGUUGACCCACAUAUUUUUGUUCAAAGUGAGCUAAAAAUAUAUAAUUAUAUAUAUUAGUCAUGAUAACUUGCACACUAAGAUGCAAAUAAUUUCAAGUAUAGUGAAGAUUAUUUGUUUUUAGUGCACUAAUUACUGCUAUUUGUACUUCCUCUGCAUUUUUGUUAUUUUUAUUUGUUAUUGUUUUUGACAAACUCAACUAGAUAAAGGAAAAAUUAAUUUUCCUUGGACUAUUCAGAAGACAAAUCUUCAAUUCUGAUUGAACUCUUGAGUUGUAAAUUUCAUGUUUUCAUGUUUCAUACUUUAGUGUUUGACACGCUAUGAUAAAGGUUUUCAGCUUUUUACCGGACUCUUCGGUGGUUUUCAAAGUGUUGAUUUUUUGCCAAACUGCAUGGAAACCAGUGAUGGAUUUGCAUGCACAUUCAUGAAAUAUUUACCAAAAAAGGUCCAAAAAUGUAUAUCUUUUUAAGCAGCAGUGGCACAGUGGUUUAGUAUUUAAAAAAAAGUCUUACAUCAUGAAUUAAAAAAUAAAAUAAAAUAAAUACAGCAUCCUGAGAUCAAAGGUCCUCAAUAUGUUUGAUUUUACACCACUGUCACAAUUAUUUUUUUUAAUUAUAAAACAAAAAAUGAAAGCAUGGUAAAAAUGUAAGCAGUACUUCUAGUUUUAUACUGCAAAAAAAUAAUUUAUAUAUAUAUAUACACUGAUGGUGGCAAUCUUAUAGGAUUUAUCCUGAUUAUAAAGUUAAAAUAUCUGAAUAACCACCUUUGCUUCUUAAAAAAAAAAAAGUAUUUCAUAUAGAGAGAACAGACUGAUUUUGUAGAAACUGUGUGUGUGUGAGAGAGAGAUCAAUGUGCUGAUAUUAAUGAUUUCUUUAAAUAGAAAAACAAGCAUCAGUGCAUUUAAUGACAUUUCUGAAGUUCUGCCUUCAUCUGAGACGUUUGCUGCUGGAUGUAGAACAAACUGCUGUGAUAUAUUUUGUUAUAUUGUAAUUUUCCUCUGAUACAGUUUGGAUUUCACUACAAACAAAUAAAAGUGACCUUCAGCAUA